AUUUAUUUCGCCUGACUUAUACUCGUCAUGUCUAAACCUCUUCCCUACAAUCGUCAGACCGCGCUGGCGUCCCGGAUAGCAUCCGAUAAUGCCGCGCACAUCACCGGCAAGGUUAUCCUGACGACUGGAGUUACCCUUGGUGGUUUAGGAGCAACCUUCGUUUUCGAAAUCGCAAAGUACAAUCCCGCCCUGCUUAUUCUUGCCGGCCGUAAUGCCUCCAAGAUCCAAUCUGUAAUCGACAAGCUUAGGAACAGUGAGGAAACCAUCAACGUGCAAACAAAAGCCCUGGUGUUGGACCUCUCAUCCCAGCAAAACGUUCGGAAUGCGGCAAAAGAAGUGUUAGAAAGCUCAGAACAGUGCAUCGAUGUACUCGUGAACUCUGCUGGAUUGAUGGGUGGACCAUACAGAAAAACAGAAGAAGGGAUAGAAUUGCAAUUUGGUUCAAACUAUCUCGGACAUUGGUUGUUCACAAAUUUGAUCAUGCCCAAGCUUCUCGCGGCCAAGCAUCCACGCGUAGUGAACGUGAGCAGUGGCGGUCACCGAUACGGCGGCAUCCGGUUCGAAGACUGGAACUUCGAGGACGGAAAGACCUACAAUCAAUGGGUUGCAUAUGGACAGAGCAAGACGGGCAAUGUUCUCUUUUCCAAGGCGCUGGCUAGAAAACUGGGCUCAAGAGGCCUGCAGUCGUACAGCCUUCAUCCGGGCGUAAAUUUGGAGACUUCUCUCUCGGGUGCCGUAGAAGGAGGUUUUUCAAAGGAAGAUAUAGCUGAGUUGGAGGCAAUGAACAAGAAGCUUGGUUGGACUGAGGAUUUCGAUAUGAAAGACCUCGAUGAAUGCGCUGCAACACACGUGGCUGCUGCAUUUGAUCCGAGAUUGAAGCCAUACAACGGCGCCUAUCUUGAAGACGGCAAUGUCUCCGAUCGCCUGCAGCCCACCGCCACAAACCCUGAAGACAUUGACAAACUCUGGAAGCUCAGUGAGAAGCUAGUUGGCCAAGAGUUCGAUUAUUGAUUGCAAAAUGUCUGCAUUGAUGACAGACAACUUGUAGAUGCAGGUCACGUCUUGAAUCGAAGCCUUAACUACAGCUCUCUGGACUUUUUGAACAUGGUUUAUGAGGUGGUAUUCAUUCAGGCAUCUAUGGAUACAAGAGUCGGACUUGGCAUGUUUCUAGACAUGUGCACGGUGAUGUAGUUCAUUAUGUGCACAUUGAACUAUAUGGUAUUGUACAGUUCAACACCAAGUUUGAUUCAGUCAAAGUAUGGACGACAAUAUGAUUCAGUAAAGGCUCGAUUUGGAGACAGAACAGAAUGACUGAC